CUGUGCUCUCAGCGCCUGUGCUCUCAGCUGAGCCCCGACACGGUCGCAUGGGCCGCCCAGACAGCACAGUCUCUGCAGCUGCCGCUCGCCAGCAUGAUCAACACUUACACCACCAGUUUCAUCGCACCGCCGGUGCCCCCACGAACCAGCUCCAGGGCCCCGGCCCCGACCCGCCACCCGGUUCACCUCUGGCUGCUGUCGGUGGUACUCGUACUGCAGAUGAUCGUAUUCGCUGGGACCUUUGUCUACCUGUUCCUAAGAGACAGUGAGCUCCAGCGCGAGUUUGAAAGCCAGUUCCACGAUGACCUAAUCGUGCUGAGGAGGUUACAGGAAUGCGAUGACAGAAGCUUGGAAUAUAGCACACUCCUGGACUGUAAAAAGAUUCUGGACAAGUAUAAGAACAUUUUAUUAAAGAUAUCACAAGCAGAAGGAAGUGUGGGUCUACGGUUGGGUGACACCCCCAUCCGCAAACCUGGCGCCAUGGCACACAUGCUGGUCAAGCCAGACCGCAGCCAGGUGACAUCUACAAAGGUCUUGCAGUGGUACCAGGAACACUCGCUGCUGAUGAAUGUGGACUACCUGAUCACACCCAGAACGCUGCGGAUCCGCUUCAAAGGACACUACUACAUCUACUCCCAGGUGACUUUCUCCGGGUGGCACCCAAAAAUCCCGCUGGUCCAAACCGUCAUGCGUCAAGCCACCGCCGCUGGGAAAAAAACGGAAGACGUUCUGCUCAAGGCCUUCUGCACGAUGAAGAACGCCGGUGAAGCAUGCACCUCGUUCCAGGGUGGCACGUUUCAGCUCGAGGAAGGGAUGGAGCUUUAUGUAAAUGUGACUGACAUAAACCUACUGAACUUUGAAGAGACAGCGACCACCUUUGGAUUAUUUAUGGUGUAAAACUUCACUUCCCCUAUAAAAAUACCUGAGAGGGCUCCUUUUUACUUUGAUCUCCAAGAACAUAGAGUUGCAAAAAUCUAUAUUUAAUUAAUUUAAUGAAUCGGGAACAGACAGACAUUCAGGAGACAAUAUGUCUGGCUGGGUGGGUUAGGACUGUGUCUGUGAUUGGAAAAUCGGCAGUUUAAAUCCCAGGGUUGUUGGACUGACGUCACCGUUGGGUCUGUGAGCAGGGCCCUUAAUCACCAGCUGCUCCGGGGACUGUGUGGCUCCGCUUUCUUGAAAAUGUACAUGGCUUUGGAUGAAAGCACCUGCUAAACAAGAGAAUGAAACAACCUGAAAGUUCAAAGUAGAGGUGAGAACAUGAAAGCAGGUCAGCAGACAAAACUGCAAAACACCCUGAUUUGCCUUCACAAUAACGACGCGCGCGUCUCGACCAAAGCUAACAAUUCCUCACCUAUUUUAACAUUUAUUUUUGCAUUUUAUUUACAUAUUAUUUUUCUAUAGGCACUACAAUUUAUAUUAACAGGAGAGAUCAAAUUUUAAAAUACUGGAUUUCUAGGCAGAUUUUGUUUUAUGUUAAACUCAUACAGUGUGCGUGCAUAUGCCUAAAACACAUAUGUAUAUUAUUUGUACACCAGAUAGAUUUUUCUUUGGUUUUCUUUAAUUGUAACAUUAAUACUGUGCAUGUCUAACAUAAUAUUGUAUAACUUGUCUGUCUGCGAGCAAAAUUAGGCAAAUGGGGAAAAAAAAAUGUGUGCUGGGAUUGUCAGCAGUCAAACGUGGGACUACAUCCAUGGACAGUGAGGGCAGAGGGACACUUGGACCUGUGUGUAGCAGAGCAUAGAUCCAUCAGCUGAUCAGAGAGCUGCAGACUCUCAGAAAUCUGAGCAAUAACUUUUCCCUGAGCUCAGCAGAACCACAGCGCCACAUUUCCAGGCGCUCGCAGUUGCACCCACGCCCGGUACAGAAGCCUAGCAGGAAGUGCCUAAAAUUAGCCGUCGAGCCGACAUUAAAUGCCAGCAACUACUUGAUUGUUGACGGGAGGAUGUUGAUUGAAUCAAGAAGACAAGACACCUCUCCCCUAGUGCCGGUCACCCCAUCAUGGGACACGGACAGACACCUUGGGCACCAUCUUCCGAUGGGGGCAGCAAGUCAACAGAUUUCACUUUGUCUCGGAUUGGGGGUCCCAGUGGUGAAGCUUGCCUGGGGGGCACAUGGGUGUUGGCCAGUAGUGCUCUCACCAAUUUGGUGGAGUGAGAUCUGUUUUUAUCAUUUUUUUUGUACUACUUUGAAAAGUUAUUUAUUCCAUGCCUUUUCAUGAAAAGAAUGAAAUUUUCUGAAUAUUUAUUAUAGAUGACUUUUAUGUGAUGAUUAUGGAUAUUAAAUUGUAUUCAUAUUAAACAAAAUCUAUGGUGAAA